AUGGCAUUAUCCAAUAAUAAUGGAAAACUUGGCAGGAAUGAUAUAGGUUCAAGUUCUGCUUAUAAGAGGCGUAAGCUUAGUCCUCGGACAGAGUCUUUGAUGAAAACUGAUCUGAAUAGGGCCAUUGAGUACAGAAAUAAGAGCAAGCAACUGCUUACUGUAUUACAAGAAGAAGUUUGGCAGAUAAGGUCGCAAUUGGCAGAGAAUGAAGUUGCCUUGGAUCGUCUUGAAGGAGAGUAUGAUGGAUUGAGAGAGCUGUUCGAUGUUAAGGAAUGUGAGUUGAACGAGAUGGACCUAAAAGGAGAAAGUAUUGUCAAGCAUCUUGAAGAGUGUUUUGUUAAGUUUAAGACAGUUCAAGAGAAGGAGUUCAAUGAGAACGUUGAGAAAAUGGGGCAGGAGUAUGAUAAGAAAGCUGCCAAUAUGGUUGCGUUGAGUCAGAAGCAAUUCGAGGAGGAGGAGAAACGAUUAAAAGAUAGAAGUGAAGAAUUGAAGGUCGAAAUGAAUAAAGUGGAGGAGGAUUUUGCCUUGGAGGUUGCAGUUUUAAAGAAGAAUCAUAGAUUGAGAGAGAUAAACCUCAAAUUGGAAAGAGAAAGGGAGAUUCAGGAGCUUAAGCGAAGAGUUAGAGAGACUGAUGACACGAUUUUGGUGCAGGAUGGAGAUAUUCGAGAAAUCUUACGUAAAAUCAAAGAAGAGAGGGAGAAGAAUAGUGUGCUAUGUGAAGAGCAUAGUAAGUUGGAUGCCAAGGCUGAGGAAUAUGAAACAAAGACUGCUAGGAUAAGGAGUGAAACAGAUGGAUUGGUGGAGCAAUUGGAAACAUUUAGGAAGCAGAAAACAGAAUUGGAGAAGAAAUGCGAUGGGUACAAUAGUGAAGCUGAUAAUUACAACCGGAAAUCUUUGGAGGAAGAAGCCCUACGAAGGAAAUUGCACGAGAGGCUGCAAAGUCUUAAAGGAAACAUUCGAGUUUUCUGUCGAAUAAGACCUGAGCAAAAUCCGAUGUGUUUCCCGAUGGAAUAUUGUGAUGAUGGUGACGGUAAAGAGGAAAGUGAAGUUGGUGAAGAUCUGAUCAAAAUCCAAGAACCGGCGGGCUUUGGCGAUAGGAGGAAAUCUGGUGUGACUUGUUCACCCAGAUCUUACUCGUUUAAAUUUGAUAAAGUUUUUGGCAGUCAAGAUCGUAACGAGGAUAUAUUUGAGGAGAUUAGUCAGCUGGUUCAGAGUGCAUUGGAUGGGUAUAAUGUGUGCAUCUUUGCCUAUGGACAGACCGGAUCCGGUAAAACAUUUACAAUGUCGAGCCCUGGUGAUGGUAUGAUUCCAAGGUCUGUGAAUCAAAUCUUUCGAAGUAUAGAAGAAACCAAGAAGUCAGGUUGGAGUUACAAAAUUACAGGUCAAUUUUUGGAAAUUUAUAGAGAGACCAUCAAUGAUCUCAUAACAGGGAACGGAGGCAUUGAAAUCAAGCAUUCACAGACUAACCGAAAAACUGUAUUGACAAAUGUGUCUAAAAUAGAACUUCGAACCCCUUCCCAAGUGGAUAGGAUAUUGCAGAAGGUUAAUGAAAGUCGAAGCACCGCUUCUACUAAGAUAAAUGAUCGUUCCUCUCGGUCCCAUUUCAUCUUUAUUCUUAGCAUUAUCGGAUCAAACUCGAAGACUGGAGAAAAUGUCGAAGGCACCCUCAACUUGGUGGAUUUGGCGGGUUCAGAAAGAGUCUCCAGAUCUCAAGUUACCGGCACAAGGCUUAGAGAGACCAUGUUCAUCAACAGGUCUCUCAGUUCUUUGGGUGAUGUGAUCAUCUCCUUAAAGAAUAAGAAUCAGCAUAUUCCCUACCGAAACUCAAAACUCACUUACCUACUACAGUAUUCCUUGGGAGGAAAUUCGAAAACAUUGAUGUUCGUUAACAUCUCCCCUAGCGUUGGUCAUUUCAAUGAGACUCUAAACUCAUUGAGGUUUGCCCAUAAGGUCAAUGGAACACAUAUAGGAAGGGCAACUAAAUAA